CAGCCUCCGCGCUGCCCGGCGCCGGCCACUGACGACGGUGGGGGUGGGGGGGCCGGGCCCCCAGCCUCCUGCCCCACCCCCUGGCGUCGGCACCGCGGCCCGUCGGGGGCCGCUGCCCCGGGCUGCGCCCGCCCCGCCGGCCAGGCCCUGGAGGGACCCGGGAGCUGCCGCCGGCGUCAGCCCAUGGCCCGGAGGUACGAUGAGCUGCCUCACUACCCAGGCAUCGUGGACGGCACUGCAACCCUGGCUGGCUUCUCGGAGGCAGUGGCCGCGGCACCGAGAGCCCCCGGGCCCUAUGGCCCACACCGGCCUCCCCAACCCCAGCCCCCGGGCUUGGACAGUGAUGGCCUGAGGAGGGAGAAGGACGAGAUCUAUGGACACCCGCUCUUCCCACUGCUGGCCCUGGUCUUUGAGAAAUGUGAAUUGGCCACGUGCUCGCCCCGAGACGGGGCUGGGGCUGGGCUGGGCACACCUCCAGGCGGUGACGUCUGCUCCUCUGACUCCUUCAACGAGGACAUUGCUGCCUUUGCUAAGCAGGUCCGCUCCGAGAGGCCCCUCUUCUCCUCCAACCCGGAGCUGGACAAUCUGAUGAUACAGGCCAUUCAGGUGCUCCGGUUCCACCUGCUGGAGCUGGAGAAGGUCCACGACCUGUGCGACAACUUCUGUCACCGCUACAUCACCUGCCUCAAGGGAAAGAUGCCCAUCGACUUGGUCAUCGAGGAUCGGGAUGGCGGCUGCAGGGAAGAUCUCGAGGACUACCCAGCCUCCUGCUCCAGCCUCCCAGAUCAGAAUAAUACUUGGAUUAGAGACCAUGAGGACAGCGGGUCCGUACAUUUGGGGACCCCGGGUCCCUCCAGUGGGGGCCUGGCCUCCCAGAGUGGGGACAACUCCAGUGACCAAGGAGACGGACUAGACACAAGCAUGGCCUCUCCAAGUUCUGGGGGAGAGGACGAGGAGCUGGACCAGGAGCGGCGGCACAAGAAGAGGGGAAUCUUCCCCAAGGUGGCCACCAACAUCAUGAGGGCCUGGUUGUUUCAGCACCUCUCGCACCCGUACCCCUCGGAGGAGCAGAAGAAACAGCUGGCGCAGGACACGGGGCUCACCAUCCUGCAAGUCAACAACUGGUUCAUUAACGCCCGGAGACGCAUCGUGCAGCCAAUGAUAGAUCAAUCCAACCGCACAGGGCAGAGUGCAGCCUUCAGCCCAGAGGGCCAGCCCAUGGGGAGCUAUACGGAAGCUCAGCCACACAUGACAGUCAGGCCUCCAGGGCCGAUGGGGAUGAGUUUGAACUUAGAAGGAGAGUGGCAUUAUCUAUAGAUUCAGGACAAGUACCCCAGCCUCCGGACUGUGACCGCCAGGCUCACACCUGGUCCCGGUCCCUGCCUGGCCCCCUGACUUCAGGAACCCACCUCCUAAGGCCCCCAACGCAAUGCCUACCUCCCUGGGGCCCCGCCGGGACAUGGGGGCCUGAGCGCCCACUCGAGGGGCUCUCAAGGACAAAGACAAGGCCUCCAGGCCCUGCGCCCCACAUCUGCCCUCACCUCUGCCUCGAACCCAAGCUGAGAUCCUGGGCCUGGGUCUUCAGAAGGUGGUGGUUGGGGAUCCCCCUGCCUCCAGGCUAGAGAAGGGACUGGAGGUGGGCUGGGGCUGUCAGGGAAGGAGGGUCAGCUGGAUCCGACAUUUGGGAGAGGCCCCCUCACCCUCCAGCCCACUCCCUCCCCUUCUCUCCCCUACCUCCCUUCACUGAUGUCUUCUACUUUUUUUUUUUUUAAUGAUAAAGUCUUAAAAACAAAAAGCCA